AUGGCUGCGCCCGCUACUAGCCAAGUGGCUUCUACCUUCGGGAUUCACAACGAUGUUAUACUUGCACUCACGACGUCCAUCUUUGUGCUUGCGUAUGGGAUCGGACCAUUUUUUGCAGGCCCAAUGAGUGAGAUUUAUGGCCGAUCACGCGUGUUGUUAUUAGCAAAUCUAUGGUUUCUUGGAUGGAAUCUUGGCUGUGGAUUCGCGCGGACAGAAUACGAGCUUAUUGCUUUCCGAUUCCUCGCUGGCCUCGGAGGCAGCGCACCAUCGUCUGUUGGCGGUGGUGUUCUUGGUGAUUGCUGGCGAACAGAAGAGAGGGGACAAGCCAUAGUUCUUUACUCAUUAGCUCCGCUGUUGGGACCUGUCGUGGGACCUAUCGCAGGUGCCUGGAUUGCUGAACGCUCAACCUGGAGAUGGGUGUAUUGGUCUACGUCCAUUAUGAAUGCAGUUGUUCAGAUCCUUGGUUUCUUUUUACUUCAAGAGACUUAUGCCCCCCUCUUGUUGGAAAGGAAAGCAGAGCGAAUUCGCAGAUCGAUGGAUGCCAAAAAAUCCCCGUACAGAGAAAUCCGUACCGUUUUCGAAGGUCAACAUCGCUCCUGGCGGAGUAUCAUGGGCAAAGCACUCAUUCGCCCGUUCGCACUCUUCUUCCGCGAACCGAUCGUUCAGCUACUUGGCGUUUACAUGGCAUUCUUAUACGGGAUACUUUAUCGCAAUCUCUCAGUCUUUUUGACGACGAUGCCAUCGAUCUUUCAGGGUGUAUACCGACAACCAGUAGGAAUUGCUGGUCUCCACUACAUCGCACUUGGCAUAGGGUUGACAACGGCAUCCCAAUUAAAUGCGAGAGCCAUGGACAAAAUUUACAUUCAUUUAAAGAGUAAAAAAGGUGGAGUUGGGAAGCCAGAGUUCAGAUUGCCUGCUAUGUUUCCCGGAACUCUGAUACUUCCAAUUGGGUGCUUGAUCGCAGGCUGGACUGCUCAAGUCCAUACACAUUGGAUAUUUCCAGAUAUAGGCAUCGCGCUUGUAGGGUCAGGCAUUGUUCUGAAUUUCCAUUCUAUAAACACCUACAUAGUUGAUUGCUUCACGCUUCAUGCCGCUUCGGCGAUGGCUUCUGUCUCCUUACUGCGGUCACUGGCAGGUUUCGCAUUUCCUUUAUUUGCUCCAGCAAUGUAUAAGACAUUUGGGUUCGGGAAGGGCGAUACUAUUCUUGCAGUUGCAGCAAUCGUGAUUGGCUGUCCCGCACCCUGGAUAUUUUGGCAUUAUGGGGAGCGGAUACGGAAGAACAGUCCAUAUGCGCGGUCGCUUCUAUCUUCAUAG